AUGGACAGCGACCACGAAGCAUAUAUCCUCCUUCUUUUGUCGGACAGCAACCUCCCGACAGGCGCGUUUGUCGCGUCUGCUGGACUCGAGUCAUACGUCGCGCAUGGCUUCUUCACGGACCUCUCAUCGCCAUCCGAUGCUCCGCCUCCGGACAAGAUGGACUACACAACCAGCUUCCUGCGCGAUAACCUCUCGACAUACGCUCACUCGGCGCUUCCCUUUGUGCUCGAUGCGCAUCUUGUUGUCGUAGAAGCCCUCGAGGAGUCCGAGGCAUCCGCGGAGGCAAUGGCAGAUCGCGCGGUCGAACGCCUCAGGGAGCUGGAUGAACUCUACGAGACCAUGACGCUCAAUCACGUCGCUCGGAGGGCGUCCAAAUCGCAAGGCGUCGCUCUGUUGACGCUCUUCUCCAAGGGCUUCUCGAAGCCACGGCUAUUUCGACAGCUGCAACCGGCUGAGCCCUCUCGUGUAUCCGAGCGCGAAGCCCGCGCAACCAUACUUGUCGACCGCUUGAAGCUUCUUGUGCGCCGCGAAGAAACGCACGGACACCUGCCUAUUUGCUGGGGACUCUUGACAGCCGCCUUGGAACUAUCUUCUGAACGGAGUCAGUACCUCCAUCUAUUCCUGCAGGCGCGGAGCGUCCUCUCAGCUUCUGUGCGCCUUAACAUCAUCGGACCUUACGCCGCCCAGCAACUCCUCUUGCAUGCCGUUCGCCCGCUUGUCGAGGACGAGAUGUCACGGUGCAAGCAUCUCACUACGGGCCUUCGAGCUACUAAGGAGCAUGCGGCGCCUGAAGACGAUGCACUACACGGACCAGCGAUGACUUGGCCUCUAGGGGAGAUCCUCGCGGCGCGGCACGAUUUACAGCAUUCGCGCAUUUUCAACAGCUAA